AUGGGAAACUGCUUUCAAGGAACGGCUCCCAAUAGCAACGGCCCCUGCGUCACCGAGCAGGAUGUUCGCGCCGCACAGGCAGCAUGGGCAACCGCCAUUAAGACCAUCACCAAAACGUAUUUGGACAAGGGAGACUAUGUCGCAGCUGCAGCUAAAGCCGCAGGCGAGCUGUACUGCUAUGGACACGGACAAGUGCUCUUCAAGCCAACCAAGGCCAAGGAUGUUCAGUUCCGUCCCAUGGCUCAGCAGGCCAUGUCCUACUUUGUGGGGCACAAGGCAGUGGAUGAUGGAAUUCCUGAGGAUGCCGGCUUCGCCAUCAAUGGCGGCAAGGGCUGGUCAGAGGUUGUCUUUGACAACCACCAGAUCGACUGCCAUGGCAAUGUGGCGAUCGCCAUGGGAAAUUAUUUCUUUACGUCUGCAGCAGAUGGCAGCAAAACCAAGGUAGAGUAUACAUUCGGCUACAAGAUGUGUCCGGAUGGGAAAGUACGAAUCUGCCUCCACCACUCGUCGGUGCCUUUUCAGGGCUGA